AACCCUCGGUUAAGCUGAGCAAGCUUUCCCUCAUUUGUUUAAAAAACAACAAAAAGGGAGAGUAAAUUGAGUUAUUAGACAGCAAGGUUCCCCAAAACAGAAAACAAAGAGAGAAGCUUCAGCUCCACUUGACAUCUCUGCUUUGACUCGAUAAAACCAAGAGAAAACCAUCACUCCCCCUAUCCAUGGCUGCCGGCGGCGACGACGAGGCGGCGGAAGAACGACGGCUCAUCAGAAGAAGAGAAAUGGGCGUGGCCUGUGACCACUGCAACCAAGAGACAGCUAUACUCUAUUGCAGAGCCGAUUCAGCCAAGCUCUGUGUGGCUUGUGAUCAACAUGUCCACUCGGCGAACCCUCUUUCUUUGAAGCAUAUUCGAUCUCAGAUCUGCGAUAAUUGCGCCUCCCAGCCUGUUGCGGUUCACUGUGUUUCGGAUAAUCUGAUGCUUUGUAUUGAAUGUGAUUCCGAUGCUCACUCGUCGGUGACGAAUCAUCGGCGGGAGAGUGUGCAGGGGUUUAGUGGAUGUCCGGCUCCGGCUCAGCUCGCGGCGCAUUUGGGUCAUGAUUUGAUGAAAUUGGUUCAUUGUGAUGUGAACAUUGGGGUGAUUAAGGGGUUCCAGUGUGAUGACGAGGAGGGUGGUGAUGAUCAAUUCAUGGUGCCUAGUAGUAGUUUGUUUGGCCAGGUUUAUAGGAAAGGCCGAGGCGAAUCGUCGAGUGCUGGUUUAAUUGGGGGGAACCAGAAGCACGCGGUGCUCAAGCAAUUGGUUCAUCUCUUUCACACACAACAACAACAGCAGCAGCAACAACAAGACGGAGACGAGCAUUUUCAGAUUAGGCAGCAGGAGGAGGAUGCACAAGAGAGGAGGAGGGGAUUUAUGGAUAGUGUAGAUGGUGAUGAUGACAAAGACGCGCAUUCAUUGUUAUUGGCGCAGUCUUUAACUCCGCAGCAGCAAUUGCUUCCAUUUACCUCUUUGCUGAUGCAGCAACAGGUAAGUACGAGCACGAGUACUGGUCAAUUGGAUGUGAUGAAUGAGGUUGAUCAGGGUGGUUUUGAGCAAGGCGAGAGCGGACAGAUGUUGUGGAAUACUCAUCCCUCUGAUCAGGGCACUCAGAUUUGGGAUUUUAAUCUGGGAUGUCUAAGGGGUUCAGGUCCACUAGAUUUGGGUGAAGGUGCGAAUGAUGCAGGGUUUACUGUGAGAAGUUAUAGUGAACUCCUAACUGAAGCUUCUCUGGACGACACAAAGGGAAUAAGAGAACUUUACGGAAUGAAUAGUUCUGCGACACUUGAGAAUCUUGUUACUUUUAAGAAUGACAGAAAUAACCCAGCAGCUGGGCCAACAUCAUGUGAGAGCAACAAUUUACCGAUGAUGCUGAGAUGUGAAAAUACAGCGCCAGCAACAAUAAAGACUGAUUUACAGUUGAUGGCAAAGAACAGAGAUAAUGCAAUGCUUCGGUACAAGGAGAAGAAGAAAACACGGAGAUAUGAUAAGCACAUCCGGUAUGAAUCGAGAAAGGCCAGAGCUGAUACCAGAAAGCGUGUAAAGGGUAGAUUUGUCAAGGCCAGUGAAGCUCCAGGCUCCUGAAUUUCGACAUUUGUCUUUGCUUGAAGUUCCCGUCUCAUGCUAAAUCAUGUAGCGUCUCUUUGUAAACCAAAUACUGUUUUAAUGCUGCUGUAAGCUUUAAGCUAUAAGCUUGUGGUGAUGGUGAGGGUUGACAUGUAAUAUAAAGUGCGUGUAAUUAGUUGACUGAAAGGUGCCCCAACAGGGUGGUAGUUUUGGAGACCUUGUAUUCCAAGCUCAAAAAGAGCCAUUAGUUCAGUAUUUCAGUUAAAGUUAUA